AAUGUUACAUUAGUGGUCAGAAUUGAAAGUAAAAAAGCGUAGCUAUCUUAGACAGUAGUGUAAAUGAUGAUAUACACAAAUGUAGCAAAAUUAUAAAAGAAAUGGCGGGCGCCAUAAGCCACUGGAGGACCACGCAAAAGCAAUUAUGUCUUGACUAAACAAAAGCUGUAAAUGAGAAGUGCAAUAAAGGGUUUCAUCAUCGAAAGAGAAUUAUGGUACAAUCAAAGAAGUUCAGAGGUGUCAGGCAGCGCCACUGGGGCUCUUGGGUCUCUGAGAUUCGUCAUCCUUUGCUGAAAAGAAGGGUGUGGCUGGGGACAUUUGAGACGGCUGAAGAGGCAGCCAGAGCCUACGAUGAGGCAGCCAUUCUGAUGAGCGGACGAAAUGCGAAAACAAACUUCCCAGUCGUCACUGAACAAACAGGCAAUGAGAAUUUAUCAUCAUCAUCGCCCUUGUUGCCGUCCUCAUUAUCGUUAUCAUCUUCUACUUCGCUUUCUUCUAAACUCACCGCUAAACUCCGGAAAAGUUGCAAAUCUCCAUCUCCUUCUCUCACUUGUCUCAGGCUUGACACUGAGAACUCUCACAUAGGAGUUUGGCAAAAGAAAGCUGGGGCUCGUUCCGACUCAAACUGGGUGAUGACAGUGGAGCUGGGGCCCAAGAACAGUAACAACCCUGGAGCAGAAAAUCAAUCUUCAUCGGAGCCGAAACAGGUGGAUGAUUAUAAGCCUAAUAUUGAUCAUCGGGCACAAGAAAUAAAAGGGCAGGAGGUCGGUGGCAAUGGACUCGUUGAGGAAGAGAGACUUGCAUUGCAAAUGAUAGAGGAAUUCUUAAAUAGAAAUUAAUUGAUCCCAUCCCGGUGAGCAAUCAACUUCAACUAUAUAACUUUUACAUGGAGUUUUAGAAAUUGGGCUUGUGUUUGUUUGUAUAUGUAUUUGUAAUAAGGAUAGACAUGAUCGUUUGAUUAGGGUGAAUAUCUCCAUGAAUAUUGUGGUAAAGUUUCUCAGUAAAAUCUAUAAAGAAUUAACAUUGAAAUA